AAAAAUUCGUCUGCUAUGCCUUUGUAAACGUUUUAAAUCGGAAUCCUUUCAUCCUCACACCUCCGAUUUUAGUUUUAACAUAAAAGGAAAUCAACCAAGCAUGUCGAAAAAGAAAGUGAAAUCAAAUGAGGAUUUUAUUAAUGAGCCUAAAGUUGUGGCUCUUCCAGGCCAAACUUAUUCUUAUGGACAGACUCCUGCUGCUCUUUGCAGGCAGCAUUUUAAGGAAAUUGCAGAGCAUCUUAAUAUGAGUGUUGAAGAACUGGCUAGAGGUGUUCUAGACAAGUCAGUUGGUGAUCAGUUGACGAUGCUGAAAGAUUUUUACAAGAGCAAAUUUCAAGAAACAGAUGCUAUCUAUCAACCACUUUUAGAGCAUUACUCAUCUAAAGAAGAAAGAACUGAUGAAUCACCAGAAAAAUCUUCAUCCCAAAAGAGAAAAACCAGUGAAGCACCUGCUGUCGCUGUGAGGAAAAAGAAAGUGUGCCCUUUAAGUUUGUCGAGUGAAAGCGAGACUGAGGACAAAACAAUCAAAGCUGAUGUAAAGCCAUCAAAUAAAACAAGACGACAAGAUGUAAAAACCACGAUUAAACGACCCACAGCUGCGAAUACGACUUUAUCAAAAAUCCAGAAUUCCAUUGAAGCUACGAUAGCUUAUACUGACACUUCCACGACAGAAGAUAGCUCAGUAAAGCCCCUAAUUCAAGAGCCAGUGAUUGCUGAUUUUAACCCAGACAAACCAGAAGAAAUUAAAGAGAUAAUAUCAAAGACAUCAAAUGAUGCACAGUCGAAUCGGCCGAAUAUUAUCAAAGAAUCAACCAAAGAACCUAAAACUGUGAUAGAUGUUGUUGCUGGACCAUCGAAGACGACAACAACUGAAGAAGAAGAUUUCGAAACUUUCCUGUUCGGUAAAAGUCCUGCAAAAUCAAAACCUCCACCCAAAAAGAAACUCCAACAACGUUCGCUAGAAGCGCUUUCUCAGCCGACACCUGAACGGACAAGACCUUUUACAUUUGAUGAAUUCGAUAGCCCUCCAUCAUCUCAGUAUUCGACUCCGGGACUAACUUUUGAAUCGACAUCUUGUAGCCCUUCGUCUCGUCAACGAGAUCUCCUUUCGGUAGCUCGAGAUAUCGCCGCCCUCCAAAGAGUUGUCGCUUCCGGGAAGAAACUCGGUGAUUCCGUAUCAGUCUCAGAUACAAUUAAAUUUACAAAUUAAAACAGAUAAAGUUAAGAUUUCAAAUUUUUUUAUGUGUUUAUUUAUGGACUAAUUGAGAAUGGUACAAAACUGAAGAAAAAGUGUUGCUAUUCAGAUUUAGUUUCCUUUUCAGCACUUAUUUGUUCAGCAAGAGCAAUGGAUUUAAUUGCAUUCCUCUCUACUCUGACCUUCUUCUUCAUAUCCUUUUCAGCUUUCUUUGCUUCUUUUUCCUUUUGCACCAUCAUUUCCUGGAACUUGGGGUCUUUAACGCUAACCACAUAUCCGAAAUGUUGACGAACUUCUUCAAUCAAAGCAUCUUUCUUUUCUUGGGCCACACGAGCAGUUGCCUCCUUUUUCUGAUUCUUAUCCUUCAGUUCUUUCAUCCAAGAACCCAGUUUACCCAUUUUUAAGUUGAUUUCUUUUUGUCUGAAAAAUUGGAAUAAUAGAAAUUAUUUGAUCACAAA